UUUUCUUAUUUUUUUCAAAUCUGACAACAUCUUAAUAAUCUUUUUCAAAGGCUCAACAAUGUCUCAUGAGUAAGUUCUGUCAUCACACCAUUUAAAAGUAAAAAUUUGAGUGUUUACUGGCCUAUGAAGCAUUUUUAUCUCAGAAUAAUACCAGUGUUUAUUGUUUGCUUGUGUGUCUCUAAUUUCUGUGGUCCAACAAAUUCCACAUGGCCAUCAAAGUGAUGUAAGUUACAGCCUGCACAUCUUACAAUGCUAUCUAACCUAAAGAAUUGGGGAAAACAAUUAGAGUCACCAUCACCCAUGGCCCCCAAGGCAGAGGCAAAGCUCAAAUGCAAGAUUUCAGCCUCCCGCAAGCUCUCAUUGAAGAUCCUCUUGCUGGCUCGUGCGACAGAAGAGCUGGAGGCAGAGAAAGCUGCAAGAGAGGAAGAGAAGGUUCGCUACCUGGGAGAGAAGCUUCCACCGCUGCAGCUCAUUGGUUUAAACAUGGAUGACCUGCAGAAACUGUGUAAGCAGAUUCAUGCAAAGAUUGAAAUGGUGGAUGUGGAGCGGUACGACUAUGAGUCCAAAGUCAUUAAGAACAACAGAGAUGUAUGUCACGCACCAUUAAAAUAGUAGUACAUCAACAAAAAGAGUUCAAAACGCUCAUCCAAGCUCUCUUUGGAUCCAGAAACAAGGGCUGUUAAGAAAGAGGACAUAAAACAAGAGAAGGAGCUGAACAUGGAGGUGGGUGACUGGCGUAAGAACGUGGAAGCCAUGUCUGGUAUGGAGGGCAGGAAGAAGAUGUUUGAUGCCUGAUGUUAGGGAGUUACAAAUAGUGUAAUAAUAUACAUGACUUUCAAAUUACUGUAGUUUUUAUUCCAUUUUCAAGUAGACCAUUUGUAAAGUACCAUUGUGAAUACACAGGAUAUUACUGCCUGAUAAUGCUGUUAUGUAAAUUAAUACAUUUGUACGUAUUGCCUCUCCUUUUCUUUCAUUUUCACAUAUUCAGAAUAGUUUUGAAGCUAAUAUGUGAAAUACAGUAACUAAAUGUAGCCUCUACUCUUAUACUGUAUUUCUACUAUUGGAGGGAUUUAAAUGCACUAAAAUAUUGCAAAUAAUCCAAUUUUGAAUUUCAUUUGUAACUGCGACAGAUAUUGUCCUUUUAUACAGGGAGUUCUCGCUGUUUUUCAUGUAGUGUCUCUGCUAAGCUAUGCCAUUGACUUACUGUGACAAAGCAUCAGAGAUAUUUUCUGUCAGAGCCUGGAUUAACUUAACCUUUCCUCUUGACUGGAAUGAAUUCCUCUCCAAUAAUAAACAGUAAACACGGUCACACACUAGUAGCUGUUCUUGGGCUGACAUCAGAGACAGUCAGUAAGAGGAAGGCAGAAUGAUGGAGCGUGAUGGGAUGGAGUCGGCAGCCUCCAAGGAAUUUAUGAGCGCUCACGCGCAAAUACAGUAUGUGCCCACAUAAAUGUGUCAGACUGUUAUUCUUACUGUGUAGAGCAUUUUCAUCCCAGUGGUAAAAGAUUAAAAUGGUCCUCACACAUCACAGUUGUACAGUGUCUCUCCUCAGACUUGUGUUUCCCUGAAAUUGUCUUGUUGUGAUAGAGUGUUGGAAAACCCCUCUCUAUCUGAGCAGUCUAGGUUUAAACUCCUGGAAGAGCUGCAUGAUCUAGUUGCAGGACAGAAUAUAAUCUGUAUAGUCACAUUUGACUGGAAUUUGUCCAUUUUUCUGCUUGUGCUGUUCUGACACUGCUGAGUGAGUAUGGUGUAUGCUAAAGGUGUGUUGGGGAUUCAUAUGAUAAGGAAGCAGAAUGUCAGCCACAUGUCAAACCUUUCUUUAACGUUGUUAAAAUAACCUGUAUCUACACGGCUGACUUAGUUCCUGGUCAUUGGUGUGGUGAUUGCACCAUCAGCUGUGAAUGUUACUAUU